AUGCCGCCGAAAGGCUCGCGCAAGGUCGCCACGGAUGUGUCGCCGCCGGAGGUGAAUGCUCCCCUGGUUGACAAGCCUCUUGAUCCUGACGGCACGGUGGGAGAGGGGAAGGCGAGCGACGAUGUUACCCCUUCGGUCAGUGUAGUCACGGAGGCUGGCUCUUCAGGCUUAUCUGUGGAAGACAAGGCUGUGAGGGAGGAUGUGGAAGAGGAACUACUGGAUGUCUCGGAUGAUGAGCUCGACAUUGACUUCAGCACGGAUGAGUUGUGUAAUCUGCGUCACACGGCCAUUCUGCUUAUUCCGUUCAUCCUGGUUCAAGAACUCGCCUCGGUGGUUUCGACCGUUAAAGUGUUGAUGAAGCGUGUCUGGUGCUCCGCCCUGUCUGCUGAUGUCGUUAACACCGUGAAGUUUCAGAUCUUGCAACCCGCUUACAUCGCGAAGAUCAGGUUCUGCAGGCUCCAGGUCUCCUUCCUGCUGGAGGGGGACGCGACAGGGGUGCGUCAGUUUGAGGUGGAUUAUCAGAGGGUGAAUGGCAGACUGGUUCGGCUCUACUGGCAGCACACGGAUAACCCUGCGUUUGUCAGGGAACGGUCGUCCAACCCGCUCGCUGUUGAGGUUAUCUUCCGUAAUGUCUCCGCUUCGGUUACGCCGGAGGCUCUGCAGCGGCUGUUGGCUCACUAUAAGUUGAAGAUCAGUCAGCAGCCUAUCUACAAGGCUGGUCUCCACUUUCACAGGGUCCUGCAUCCGAUUACUGGUGCUGACACUGAGAUGGACUGCAAGAAGGCGCACGGCACGUCCUUCAUGGAGGCUUUCGACCAUACCCGUUUGGCGAGCCAUCUUUCUCACCUCGAAAAGCUUGGCACGGCCACCAAGCUUACCCUCGAGAAGGCGAAUCUCAGCGUCGUCAGGAAGGAGUUUGGGAUCCAGGGCUCCAACGGCACGGUCGCAUCGCAGCAGCAGCGUCGGUAG